UGCACUCGGCCGAAUCGGAGAAUGAUAUGCAAAUUUGUCCAUAUAUAGUAAGGAUGAUCAGAUCGGUCAUCUGCGUGCUUUAGAUCCAUCAUCCAUGGCUGGUGAAGCAUUAUUUUCCAUCCAUGGCACAGCUGCUCAAGCAUUAUUUCUUCUGUUCCUCGUCUCACUCGUUAUACUGCUCAUCGGCAGGAAAAGAUGGAGCCGAAGAAAAAGCAAGCAGCAGCUAAACCUGCCGCUCCCACCUUCCCCUCCGGGCAAAUUCCCGGUGAUCGGGCACCUCCACCUCGUCGGUUCCCUUCCCCACGUCGCCUUCCGCGACCUCGCCCGGAAGCACGGCCGGGACCUCAUGCUCCUCCGCCUGGGCGCCGUGAACACGGUGGUUGUGUCCUCACCUCGCGCCGCCGAGGCCGUCCUGCGCACGCACGACCACGCGCUCGCGUCCAGGCCGCGCUCCACCGUCGCUGACAUUAUCUUAUACGGCUCGUCGGACGUCGGCUUCGCGCCCUACGGCGAUCCCUGGCGGCAGGCCAGAAAGGUCGUCACGACGCACAUGCUCAACGCCAAGAAGGUGCACUCGUUCCGCCACGACCGUGAGGAAGAGGUGCGCAUAACCGUCGCCAAGAUCCGUGCAUCUGCGACAGCGGCAUCCGCUGGCACGGUGCCCGCGACGGCGGUGGACAUGAGCGGGCACCUGGACUCGUACGCGAACGACGUCGUGUGCCGCGCGGUGCUCGGGAGACACCACGGCGACGAUGGCAGGAACAAGCUGCUCCGCGAGCUGACCAAUAUCAACAUGUCUCUCCUUGGGGGGUUCAACCUCGAGGACUACUUUCCGGGCUUGGCAAUAGUUGGCGUGUUCACCGGCUUGGUGGUGUGCCACAGGGCUACGAGGGUUCGCAAGAGAUGGGACGAGCUGUUGGACAAGCUCAUCGACGAGCAGGGUCGCCACCGCGAGCACGAGAAUGAUGCCAGCUCGUACUUCAUACACGUCUUACUCUCUCUGCAAGAAGAGUACGGACUGACCACAGACAACGUAAAGGCGAUCUUGGUAGACAUGUUUGAUGCGGGGAUCGAAACGACAUAUCUUGUUCUUGAAUUUGCAAUGGCCGAGCUGAUGAAUAACAGACACGUCAUGGCUAAACUGCAAGCUGAGGUUAGAAGGAGGCGUACACCGGCGCCGAACCAAGAAGAACCACGACAAGACGUGCUCACGGAAGAGGAGCUCGGUGACAUGGCCUACCUGAGGGCCACCGUGAAGGAGACGUUGAGGCUGCACCCGCCGGGGCCGCUCCUCAUCCCUCACCUCUCGAUUGCUGAUUGCCAGAUCGACGGCUACAUGAUCCCUGCCGGGACACGGCUCAUCGUCAACGCGUGGGCUCUUGGUAGAGACCCAGUGUCUUGGGAGAUGCCAGAGGAGUUCAUGCCGGAGAGGUUCCUCCCAGGAGGCAGCGCGGCAGCACUCAACGGUAAAGGGAAGGACUUUGAGUAUUUGCCUUUCGGCUCCGGACGGAGGAUCUGCCCAGGCAUAAACUUCGCGAAUGCUGCUGUGGAAAUGAUGCUAGCUAACCUCGUGUACCAUUUCGAUUGGGAGCUGCCAGCAGAGACAGAGGAGGUUGAUAUGAACGAGGUGUUCAGCUUGUCGAUCCGGCGUAAGGAGAAGCUCCUUCUUGUUCCAGUUCCAAGAUCCGUCUCCGAUAAGAGAGGAGGGUAACAAGUAGUACUU